CACUCCCUCUCUCCGAUGCCCAGAUCCCUAUUCUUCAGACUUCAGAGAGAGGUACCCAUGAAAAACCCGGUCAUUUCAGAGGAAGUAGCAAGCCAUUCCUAGUCCGCCUCGCGACUCAAAAUCCAAUCUUUUGCUCAAAGGGCUUUCUCCACCAAACACUUCUUUUUAAUUCAGCUCCGCAUAAAGAAUUCCUAUGAAGUUGGAGGACAAAAAGUUAUGGCUCUUAUUCAAUUUCACCACAGGAUUCUGGGUUUUGUUUUUUCUUGACUGAAUAACUUAGGGCUCUUCACUAAUCCAACGGAACUUAAUUAGGAGUUAGGUUUCGAUUCAAUUAUAGCAGAAACUAGGGCUUUGAAUUGAUUGAGUGUAAUUCAGGAACUUGGGGUUUUGGUUUCAGUGAUCUGAGGAGUUUAGGGUGUUUUUAGUUUUAGGAAAUUGGAUAUGGGAGAGGAGACUGGAAAUACUACAAUGAACCUUGAUCUUAAUUUGGGACCUGUUGAUCAUCCCCAUGAUGAUCCAUUCCUAGGAUCAUCUCCCCCGCGCAUUACUUUGGAGGAAUUUAUAGUUUGGGAAAGGAGGCAAAGGAGACAGUCUCGAUGGCGGUCUAUGCAGAGAGAAAUCCCUGUCCUGCCUGAAACCCGAAGUCUUGCGUUGGAAUUGAUUGGAGGGAGUGGAUCACAAGCUGGCGAGGCGAGUUUUAAUCCUGAGGUGCUGAAAACGUGUGAUGAUAGCAAUGGCUAUUCGAACGAUGAGGCUUCUAGGAAGAAGGAAGAAAACGAGAAGGCUAACAGUGAUGAAAUUAGCUUUUUUGAUUGCAAUAUAUGCUUGGAUUUGGCUCAGGAGCCUGUUGUGACUUGUUGUGGGCAUUUAUUUUGUUGGCCUUGUCUCUAUCGGUGGUUACAUCUUCAUUCAGAUGCGAAGGAAUGCCCUGUUUGUAAGGGGGAAGUGACAAUGAAAACUAUGACUCCAAUCUAUGGCCGGGGGCGUAGUGCUCGAGUUGGAGGGGAUACGAGUGCUAAAAUUCCUUUCAGACCUCAAGCUCGUCGGUUUGAGAGCUGGAGGCAAACCAUUCAAAGGACUGCGUUCACCUUUCCCAUGGAAGAAAUGAUUCGGAGGCUUGGCAAUAGGUUUGAUUUGACCGAAGUCCAGCACCCUAAUCCUGAAGACUCUCAUGAAUCCCCCGAGAGGCGCAACUCGCUGCUCGCUCGUAUUCUAACCUCGAGGGGAAUGCGUAGAGAACAAAAUCCCGCCCCAACAACAUCUGAGGAUGCAGUUGACCUGACAGAUCCUACUCAUCCUAGUAACUCGGAUGCGUGGGACAGUGGGCGACUUCCAUCUCUCUUGCGAAGGAUAUCAAAUUCAAGCCGAGAUCGAGCUCCGAGUAUUUCUAGCCUUGCAUCCGCAUUUAGUUCUGCUGAGAGGCUGGUCGAGACGUACUUCCGAAGCAACCCCUUCGAGAGAACCCAGGAGCAGCCUCCACCAGUUGACGACAGAGAUUCUGUAUCGAGCAUCGCUGCCAUGAUUCACUCCGAGUCCCAAACAGUCGACACCACCAUUGAAAUCGACUCCACAGUGUCUCUCACUGCAUCGUCUUCCGGGGGGAGAAGAAAUGACGCUGGUAGAGUUGCAGACGUUGAUAGCGGAGAUUCACGCCCGCCCAGGAGGAGGAGACUAUACUGAUCUACACUCUCCUCAUUCAAGUUCGAGGCUUAAGAAUUCGGAAUCCCAUUGCUUUCUUCUUCGUGAUCAACUGCGGGCUUCGCAAUAGAAUCUACUAUGUGACAUGUUUAUACUGCCUUUUAAGGUGUAAUUUGUGACUUGCUGUGGAUCUGUUCUCUUGUUUAUUGCAAUAACAAGUCAGUAAUAAUCAUAGUAGGAUUAGUAGCUGUCCACACAGGAUGGAUUCAUGUCUGUUGGUUUGAUACAAUAAUUAUAUUUCUGGAUUCAUAUCUGUGAGUGACCUGAAUGCUAAUGCUAAUGCUAAUGCUAA